UAAUAUUUACUUAGUAGUUUUUACGAUUACGACUCGCUUUCAGGUUUUUUUUGACGUAGCUAGAGAACGUUCAUCUAUCAGGAACACCAAAUUCUUAUUUUCUUGUUCUUGUAGUAGUAGUGGCUGACAAGAAAUAGUCCGACGUUGGUUUUUUCUCUUUUCUUGAGGUAGGAGAAACGAGCAGAAUGAGCAACAGUAGAAUGCGAAGCACGACCAAUUAUAUGUGUUUUUCGCCGGAGGUGGGUGCUGCGUGCUCACAUCGCAUUCUGUCUUUGAUCGGCAGGGGAAUUGGAGGUCGUCGUGAUGCGGUGAUUCAUCCAUUAACAAGGACCACGUCCAUCACCCAGAAUAAGGUUAUAAUGUGCCAAGAACAAGUCCCUACUCCAAGAAUACCUGCUCAUCUGUACAACAGCAGUUGUGGAGUAGUCGCAGAUCAUGAGGUGUCGAAGUAUCAACCUCUCGUUACAGGGGAGGAGGCGCCCAGGCAACACGCAUUAGACGUUGUUCGAACUCGGAGGCGGCAUUUCAACUUCGUUUCAGGGGGUUCGAGCUCAUCUACUGCGCCAUCUUUCAGAAGAGACUAUCCGACGUCUUCGAUUACUGGCAUUGCAGAAAACGAUGCAUGGAGAAGACCAUCAAGGUCGUUGCUAUUUUCUUCAGGAGUGAGUAGAAGAUGUUUUUCUUCGACAUCAGCGACAGGUACUGGAGGUGCAGGUGACCCGCCUUCAGAAAAAGUCUCUUCAUUUGAGUAUGAUGAAGAUUCUUUAGGUCAACGUUUUCGACAUUUUCGACACCAAUUUUGCGGCAAAUGUCAAAAUAGCUUUCGGCAAGCCUGGCGGAUUUUGUUUCGUUGCGUUUUAAGGCGCACCUAUCUAUGUAUCAUUAAUCAUAUUGAAUGCUCGAGCUCAUGUUGUAGUAGUACUAGUACAGUAGACACAAAGAAACUAUAAAUGUAUCUACCGCGUGGUAAAAAUGCCUGAAUUACACUUUCCAACAGUUGUAUUCAUACAGUUUAUCCUCCCAGCUGUAGGCCUAGGCAUUGAGGGAAUCCCUCUAAGGUUCCAAUUUUACGGUAUCUUGCAUUGUAUGGAGGAAUAUGGAUUCGGCUUCUGUACGACGGUUGGCGCUAGUAUGGAACCGGUUUUUUCCGCCAGUGGCAACGUCGUUUUAGUAGAACGUUUUUCCAAGUAUUUUGGGAACUUUCAUCCACUUCCAUUUUACAACUACCUGAUGUACAAGCUUAACCACCUAAUAUGUAGUAUAUCAUCUGGUGUUGUACUAUAUGAUGGUCAACUACACGAGGAAGAAGAAGGAGAAGAAGAAAAGCACGAGGACGUGAAUCUUUGGCGAUGGUACCCAAGCCGAGGCCAAGUUGUGGUGUUGAUCAGUCCUGAGAAUCCUGCAAAUCGGGUUUGCAAAAGGGUGAUAGGUCUUCCAGGCGAUCUGAUCUUGCUUCCCUUCGCUUCAAUAGGGGGAGAAGGUUGGGGUGGAUCGCCCCCCUACAGACCAGAAAGAGGGAAUUUUCGGAACCCCUACGACGAUCAAGCUGAUGAGGGGCCGCUCUCUUCGAAUCUUCUAGCUGAUCAAUUGAGAACGAGCAGCCCUUCGAUGCAGCGCAAGUACUAUCUAGAACGCAUAGUGGAACAACAAGAGGAGGGUCGGAUGAGCAAAAAUGACAAAAGCCUUCAUCCAGAUCAAGUAGAAGAAGUGGCAAAUCAGGAAGAAGAUGAACAAGAUAAUACUCGGCACGAAAUCAUCCUUAGUACUCCAGACGAGGACGACAUGGACAUCGUCGAGAAUGACCCACUUGAAAUUGGUGCAGGUGGAGGUUCAGACCUCCAUAGCAUCAAGAAUAGGAAAAUGAACGUGAGGAAGGCUACAACGACUUUUCGCAGACGUUCUCGCGUCGAGAAAGUACCUGUAGGCCAUGUGUGGGUACAAGGAGAUAACAAGGCCCAAUCCAACGAUAGCAGGCACUAUGGUCCAGUUCCUUUAGGAUUGAUAGAUGCGCGUGUGGUUAUGAAAUUAUGGCCUCCUUCACGGGACUGCCUUGUGGAGAAGAGAGAGUCUCCGGAUCGACUCAAGAGCUUCAACGAGGUGGAAGAAGGAAUAUUUUGUUUUUCUUGAUGGACAAUGUGAAUUAUCUUCGACUACAAAUUAGAAUCACUGAAAUCUUCAGUAAUCCGAAGCACGUUCACGUCCACGAGAAAAGGAGACGAGGAUGCCUCACUCAGAUGGACGUUACAAAGGGAUCGCUUUUGUUCGAAAUACGAGAGACCAGAUGUAUUUG